ACUUUUAAUAUUAUUAUUAUUAUUAUUAUUAUUAUUAAUGUUGAUUGUUUUUGUUCUUUUAUUUAUAAAUCUUAAAACACACAUUGUCAUCCAUUUGUAAACAUCCUUGAAACAACUCAACUCAAAUCUAUGAUUGAUUUGCUAUAUAUAGUAAAAAUAACUUAUUGUAUUGAAAUCCCAAGUUAUAGAAGCGUGAAUGUCUUAAGUGUCAAGAAUAAACAUUUAUUUCAUAAAACAAAGAAAAUUAGCUAUCAUUAAUAAAAUUUUGAGUUUGAUAUAUUAUGUGACAGUUGAUAUAUUUAAUACAUAUUAUGUGACAGGUGAUAUAUUAUGUGAAAAGUUUGAUAUAUUAUGAGACCAUUUCCAAACAACGAACAUUUUUAAAACUUUGUUUUUGAAGAGCUGUAUACAGAUCACAUUUUCAAUUAAGAGGUCACAUUUUUAAUUAGCACAUGCGGAAUCAAUAAUCAAAGAUAAUGGAGCUUACCUAUAGACUUUUAUUUUCUGUUGGUAUUGUGACAUUAAUUUUUCUUGCAUUGGUUGGCAAUGCCCUUGUUUGCCUCGCUGUUUACUUUUCACGAAACUUACGCUCGCGCGUAAAUUACAUCAUUGUAUCACUUGCCGUAACAGAUUUGUUGAUAGCAUCGAUAGCAAUGCCUCUUUGGUUAAUGUUUGAGAUGACUCAUUUUGAAAAUUUGUCACCCAAUGCUCUCGCUAAAGUUGUAGGUUUUUGGAAUUUUAUUGAUAUGCUUGGAGGCAUCACGUCAAUCGCUAACCUAGUAGCCAUAAGUUGUGAACGACUCUGGUCAGUGUGGUACCCAUUACAUCAUCGCCGUAACAUGACAAAUAAAACCGCCGGCUUCAUUAUCUUAUCAGUUUGGAUUUACGGUAUAUUUGUAGCAGUUUUAACAGCAUGUUUAAGCAAUUGGAAUUCUUUUCCAAUUUUUUGUUCAGUGAUGGGUUUUUUUCUCCCGUUGUUACUUAUAAUAGGUGCCUAUGUCAUAAUAGCAGUUAUUGUUAAAAAAACAUCGCGAAACGUUAUCUCUAAUCGAGAAAACAUUCGAAUAAAUAUCGCAAUAAUUGUAAUUGUGCUCUUGUUUGUAAUUUGUUGGACUCCUUAUUUUAUUGCUUUGCUGCUAUCUUACUAUAGUGACAGUUUUUAUGAAUUUUUAUUAGAAAACCUGUGGCUUCGAUCCCUUUUAAAGUUUUUGCAUUAUUCCAACAGCUGUGUAAACCCUGUUGUCUAUGUAAUAGCAAAUGCGCAAUACAAAGAUGGCUUUAAAAUUGUUAUUCAAACUGGUUUUAAAUGUUGUUUCAAGAAAGAAAUAAAUGCUUCUCAGAUGAGUACGGGUCAUUUACUUAUUAGAGGUCCAUCUUUUUCUAAAAACAGUAAAACAAUAAUCAAUUGCUCCUCAAAAAGCAAAAAACAAAUUUUUAUAAACAAAAAACGACCAAAAUCUGAUGCAGAGACGCUAUGUGGCCCUCUUACGCUUGAAGAUAAAGGAUCAGAAUUCUUCCACAAUGAUUGUAUUUAUCAAACCGACGAAUACCCGCCGAAUGAUUAUUGUAUAGAGCCAGGAUUUACCCUGAAAACUGAUUACUUAAGUGAUCCUGAAUCUUUUAAAGAAAUACAAAUGUCCUUAACCAGAACCAGUUACAUUUAGUCCUGAUAGUUAAAUCAAAUUAAAACACUUAUAAGUGUUUAAUUUGUUUAACUAUUUAAUUUUUUUAAACUAAAGACACUGGAUACCUGAAAACUUAAUUUAAAAAACCUAUAUGUAAACUUAAACAAUUAU